GGCCACGAGAGAAAGCAAAGACUUUCAAAGGCUAGUGCAAACUGUAAUAAAGUAAAGUGAAAGCCAACGAAUUAAUUGUAACUUUCAAUUGAUAUUGAUAUCAGAUUAAUGCAAGAGCAGCGGGAAAAAUCAACGUAUUUACCAUGAGAUUGAAAUCUUUGACCCUCAAGUGAUCUUCCUCCUUGUUUUACAAUUUAUUCACCUCCUCAUUAACCUCCCAUUUCCUCAUUUUUUGCCUUUACCAAAGUAAAUUUGAAAGGAAAAUUUCGACCGCCCUUUCGCUUUUAGACCAAAAAGAUAUCAAAAUAAUAAUCAAUGGAUCCGUCAGAAGUAUCAUUGAAUCCAGCGACCCUGCAAGUCGUAGGUCGUCCUCGUUCCCAUACCAUAAUCAGUAUGGCAAGUCAAGCAAGUGUUUGGUCUUCUGUAUCAACACGCAGUCAGCCACGACUCGCUGUUCAAGCUAAACAAGUGUCUCUUGUACUGUUAAACUCUUAUGAACCAGUUCCAAUACUUAAUCGACUCAAUUUAAAUGUUCAAGUGGGAACCAUUUACGGUCUUCUUGGACCCUCUGGAUGUGGUAAAACGUCAUUCCUUCGGUGUCUCAUUGGAUUCCAAUCAAUCUCCAGUGGACAGAUCAGUGUUUUCGGUUAUCCUCCUGGAGAUGAGAGAUCAGGUGUUCCUGGUCGUGGUUUGGGUUACAUGCCUCAAGAUUUGGCUCUCCAUGAAUAUUUAACAAUCGGUGAAUUAUUAACAUAUUAUGGUAAUUUAUAUCUGAUUGACAAUGAAACUCUUAAAGGUAGGAUUGAUCGUCUGAUUACUUCACUUGAUUUACCGGAAAAGGAUCGUUUGGUGAUUAAUUUGAGUGGUGGUCAACGUCGUCGGGUUUCAUUUGCAUUGACAAUUGUUCACAAGCCAAGAUUGUUGAUUCUUGAUGAGCCCACAGUUGGUUGUGAUCCGAUUCUUCGUGAACGAAUAUGGGAAAGUUUAUCUCACUUUUCAACAACCGACCGAAUCACUGUCAUCAUUACAACCCAUUACAUCGAAGAAGCUCGGCGUUCCCAUCGAGUAGGUUUCAUGCGAGCUGGAUCCAUAUUGGUUGAAGAUUCACCAAAUGACUUGAUGGCAAAAAUGGGUUCAAAUACAUUAGAGAAGGUUUUUUUAACACUAGUUUUGAAUAAGACAAAAGACGAUGUAAAUAAAUGUGAUAAACCAAGACAAAAUCAUCAAACAGUUCAUUUCAACCACCAUGAAGAAGCGGUUGAAGUCAGUGAUAUCAAUGAAUGUGAUGGGCCAAUGCAGCGACCAAGAUCAGUUUCAUAUACUUCAGCCAUUGGCCCAAUGAAAUAUCCAAUUUCCGAAGUGUCAGAAAUCAAUGUUGACUAUCAAAAGCCAAUCAAAGUGAAGCGUAAAAAUUUAGAGACUCGGAUCCUCUUCUGGUACUAUACACUGUCCAUUGUCAUUCAAAACAUUACCAUGCAAAUUAAACGAACACCAACUACAAUCAUUGUCCAAUUUGUAAUUCCAUUGAUUACGUUAAUGUGCUUCUGUAUGUUUGUCGGACAGAUACCAUAUGAUCUUAAGAUUGGUGUUGUCAACAGGGAAUCACCUUUAAAUUUAUCUUCACUGUUUUUAGACCAAGUCAACAAGUAUGUUUUCACUCAGGUUCCCUUUGAUUCAGCUGAGGUGGCCAAGCUUGCAGGUAAAAGUCGAUCAAUUAUUGGAUGGGUUGAGAUUCCAGACAAUUUUACCACUUCAUUAAUUCAACGUUACCGUAAACCAGAUGAUUUUACCAAUGCAACACACAUGCAGUCAACCAUCCAAUUACAUUUAGAUGUUACCAAUUGGCCCAUUUCAAUUACAGUUGAGAGAGCAUUUGAACAAGCUUAUCUAGAGUUUGUCCAGAAAAUGAUGACCCGAUUGGGUGGUAAUCCUGCCAUAACCAAAAUUCCCGUUGAAAUUCCUGAGGUAAUCUAUGGUUCGCUUGAGCUUAGCGAUUAUUCUGGUAUCCGUGAAUUUGUUUCGGUUGGUAUUCUGGUAAUUAUUUCGUACACCAUUGCCUUUGGAACCACCAUCCUGGUUGUCCUUUUAGAAAAGAUUAGCCUGAUAUUUGAAAGAAAUUUUGCUGCAGGUGUAACUACAGGCCAGUUGAUCCUUGGUCAUUUAAUUACCCGUGUUGCCGUUCAAAGCUCAGUGGUUAUUGUCCUCUUCAUAAUAACUCUUAACCUAUUUGAAGUUUCAUCUAAAGGGUCGUUUGUCACAGCCAUAAUGUUACUUCUUGUCCACUCUUUGACUGGAGCAACUCAUGGCAUUUGUGUAUCGGCAAUGUCCAGCUCUCUCUUCAUGGCUUCCAUCUUUAGCAAUGCGGUCAUCAUCUUUUUCUUCAUCAUCGGAGGUGUCCUGUGGCCUUACAAUUCACUCCCAUAUUAUCUUAAAUGGAUUGCCCUGAUAUCUCCCAUUUGUCUACCAACAGAGAGUCUUCGAGCUGUUCUUGUCAGAGGCUGGUCAUUCACUCAUCCUCAGGUCCUUAUUGGUUUUGCUGUUUCAUUAACGUGGACUUUACUAUUUUUGCUUGGUGCUCUUCGUUCAUUCAAGUAUGGCGUUUCAACUGCUAAACGAUAAACAAGCAAAAUAUCAUCAUGAUGAUAUUUUAUUUUGGCUCGUCUUAUCUUUCCAAAUCUUGGCUCAUCAUUCACCAUUGACUUGAAUACUGAGAACCAAAAGGAUAAUAUUUAUUAACAUUGAAUCACAUCAACUAUUGGAUAUGUUCAUUUGUUGGUCAUUUAAUGGGCAUUUGCAUGUGUAAAAAUAGUCUGUCAUCAUCAUGAUUCGCUGUUUGUGCGUGAUAAAUGUAAUUAUCUAGACAAUGAACUGGUAAGAUGAUAAUGUUUAUCAUAACUUUUUGGUAAACUUAUACUUUAAUAUUUAUUUUCCCCCUAAAAAAGCAAUUUUGAUGUUUAAUAAGACAACUUAAAUAAAUUAAUUUCCCAUCUUGAAUCACAAAAAUUGUGACCUGCUUAAAAAUAACUGACCCUUUCUAAUUAACAUUUGUUUUUACCUUCUUUAUUUACCAUUGUAAGUAAUUAUACAUUAUUUCAUUGUGAAAUUUAAAUCAUUAUUGACGAUUCAUCAAAUAAACCUUAUAAGUUCAAUGUAAAACAAAA